AUGUUUCAUUUGUACGAUGAUCAGGGGUAUGGACAAUGCAGGCACUUUUUGAAAUCAUGGCGGUCACCUGACAGCCCUCAGGGCAAACUUCUCCAUAUCAGUGUUGCUUGGCUCCAAUUCUGCGCAGGCGUUGAUUGGUCCAUAUUGGGAAACCCACAAAUCCCACUGACCCAUCACUUGGAAUCCAAAUGGCUCAAAUCCUUGCACGAAUAUCUCUGCUCAAUAGAUGCCAACUUGGAGAUUCACAACCCAUAUACCCCACAACCACAACGGGUCAAUGACAAGGCCAUCAUGUCAGUUGUAGUUCAGGCACGCAAGACCAAUGGCCCCAAUGCUGGAAAAGCUCUCUUCGGCCCAAAAGACAUCAAGCACAUCAACUGCUGUCGGAUGUACUUGAAUGUGGUGUUCCUGUCGGAUGUUUGCAAUGCUGCAGGGGAUACCAUUGAUCCAGCCAUGUACAGUGGAGAUUUCGACAACACAAUGAGCAAAUGCAACCAUCACAGGGUGAAUCAAGCAAAACCAGGAGCCACAGCAUGGGCAGCUUGGCAAAGAGCCCUCAAUCUCUUCUGCACAACAGCUCGCCUUCGCAAAAGACUGAAGCCCCCACACCAACUCACCGAUUGGCUCCACCCCAUCAACAAUCUCAAAUGCCAAUGUCCUGUCGUAUAUGAUCCCGGCAUAGACAAUAAUAUCACUGACUUUGUCUACUGUCAAGCACCCCAGGGCUGGACCAAACAUGCAUGUCUGUACACUGACUAUGACAAUAUACUUCCCUGGAGACUGUCCAUUCCCUACCACCAACGGCUGCCCCAUGUGAUUUUGUUAUCAGACCCCUAG